AUAAAAAUUCAGCAAAAAUGUCCAUACAAGUUAGUGAACGCGUAACAGCAUCGCCACCGCAUUCACUUGUGGCCGUCGCCAAUAGUGCGAAUGCCGUUAGUCAUGGCAGCGGCGGUGGCACUAAACAACAGUCCGCUACAAUGGUUACUGCGAAGACACCAUUCUCCAUUGAACAUAUUUUGUGUCAAAAUUUACACAACAACAACAAUAAUAAUAAUAAUAGUAAUAAUCACAACAACAAUAGCAAGUUGAAGAUGGCAAAUGCCAAAUGUGUCAAAAAUAAUUGUGAUAGUGACAAAUUGCGGCAGCAGCAGCCGUCGCAACAACAACACCAUCAGAAACACUCGCCCAUACGUGCAUUGGAUGACGCCGAGGAAUAUACGCGACUUGUGGCCCAACAACGUUUCAAAUCGAGCGAACGUGUCAAUUUGUCUGGUGCUUUGACCACACCCUCUUCCAUAUCAUCCACUUCGUCCGCCUCACUGCCAUCACCAACAAUACUGAGUAAUACAACGCAUGGCAACCAAGGCAACAGCAACACAACAGCGCCGGUGCCAACACACCAAAUUAGUCCACGGAGAAGCAACUAUUUACCACAUGCAGCACAACAAGUGUCUGCAGCACCGCCGCCACCACCACCACCAACACUACCGCCACCUCCACCGCAACAUCCACAUCCAGCUUCAGUGUUGUACCCAAGUGCGGCAUAUAGUGACCACGGCUUCUUGCAGAUGACGCUCGGCUACUUGUCACCAUCAUCGGGUGCCUACAAAUCAGUGGACCCUUACUUCCUUUCGCAGGCAAGCCUCUUCGGUGGUGGGCACCUCUUUGGCGGCGCCGGUUGUGUGCCUGAGUUGGCUUUGGGUUUGGGGAUGGGUGUGAAUGCAUUGCGUCACUGUCGACGCCGUAAAGCGCGUACAGUCUUCAGCGAUCCACAGUUAUCGGGGUUGGAAAAACGUUUCGAAGGUCAACGGUAUCUCUCGACGCCGGAACGUGUGGAGUUGGCUACUGCUUUAGGGCUUAGUGAGACACAGGUGAAGACAUGGUUUCAAAAUCGUCGCAUGAAGCAUAAGAAACAGCUGAGACGGCGAGAUAAUACAAAUGAACCCGUUGACUUUUCACGUUCGGACGGCAGUGGCAGCGGCAGCAGCAGCAGUCAUAGUGCAAAGAGCGGUAAUAAUGCAACGUUAACAAACGGCAGUAAUGGCAAUGGCCACACCAACAACAACAACAAUCACAUGCAACAGAAUAGCAGCAAUGCAAAUAACACUAAUAAUGGAGUUGAAAAUCUAAAUGGCGUUGAGAAGACAUUUGCUGCGCAGGCUUAUGCACGCGAACAACAACAGCAGCAGCAACAAAGUAUACACCCACACGGACCAAUACAUUCAACACAUUUACAAUUACGUAGCAAUACCAAUUCGUGUGCUAAUGGAAGCGACACGCAUUCUCAACAACUGCUACAUGGCGGACACAAUGUUGCAACGCAUCAUCAACAUUUACAAAUGUUGCGCAACAUUUCGGGUGGUCAAUUGGAUAAUGCAAUGGGUUUUCUACAGCACGAUUACUCCACAGACGAUUACUCGGAUGUGGAUGAUGACGAGGAGGAGGAGGAUGACGAUGGCAGUGAUGUGGAUAUUGUGGGCGAUACGAAACUCUAUCACUUGACAUAGUUUGCGUAAUGCAGAUGCUGGUCAGAAAGGAACAGGCGUAUGAGCUUGAAUAUCCACAGUUAGUUAUU